GUGAUUAGGAUUUGACAAAUCGAAUUUAUUUAACUAGUCAAAAGGAAAAUGUUAUCGGAUUUGCGCUUAUAGUUCUCACUAAUGCAAUAGUAUGAAAGUUUUUGGAUGUGAUAACAUGUUUACUCGUAAAGAUUAUUGAGUGACAGUAUUAAUGGCCGAUUUACCGAAUGGCUGGGUUCAGCUGGUACCUUUCUGAAGGCUUCCAAGUAAUAAUUGAGAAGUCGAAAGACGCAAAAUGCUCUCUAAAAGAUAUUCAGUUGCGUUUCUUGUGCCCUGAUGACCUAGAGGAGGUGAGAUCUCUAUGCAGAGAUUGGUUUCCUAUAGAAUACCCUCAGUCAUGGUAUGAGGACAUUACUUCUUCAGAAAGGUUUUUUGCCCUGGCAGCGGUGCACAAAAGUGAGAUUAUAGGCCUUAUUGUGGCUGAAAUAAAGCCUUACUUGAAACUGAAUGCAGAAGAUCGGGGAAUACUGUCAAGAUGGUUCGCCUCAAAGGAUACACUUGUUGCUUACAUACUGUCUUUAGGGGUAGCUCGUUCGUUCCGUCGGUCGGGCGUGGCGACGAUGCUACUGGACGUGCUCAUCAACCACCUGGCGGGCCCCGUGCCGCAGCCGCCGCAUGAGCACCGCGUCAAGGCCAUAUUCCUGCACGUGCUCACCACCAACACAGAAGCUAUACUUUUUUAUGAACACAGAAGAUUUCGCCUGCACUCAUUUCUGCCGUACUACUACUCGAUCAAGGGGCGGUGUAAAGACGGCUUCACGUACGUGUACUACGUGAACGGCGGGCACGCGCCGUGGGGGCUGUACGACUACGUGAAGUACGUGGCGCGCGCGGCGUGGCGCGGCGGCGGCCUGUACCCGUGGCUGUGGGGCAAGCUGCGCACCGCGCUCACCAUCGCCUGGCACAGGCGUUUCUCCAGCACGACGACGCGGAUGGGCGCGGUUCGGUCUGAUGGGGAAGCGAUCUAACUCUACGCAUUCCUGACAUUCUCUCACCAUGAGAAUCGGAACACUUUAUGGAUUUCGUUUACAACUUUGCUACGUUUUCAGAAAAUUCCACAAAACGUAGAUGUGCAGUGUGUAAGCAGUGAUUGAACGAGAGAAUUUAUUAAUAUCACUAAGUUAUGAAUAAUUUAUAGAGAGCACUGUUUAUUGUUUUUAUACAUUGACGUGAAGCCAAAUUUGAUAGUAGUAUAUUAGCACAACAAGAACAACACCAACCCUGUGCUGUGGACAUAUUUUUAUAUUAUUACGUAAUUAGACUAGAAGGGGAAACACCAACACGAACAAACUCAAACAAACAUUUUGCUCCCGCGAGGGACCAUCAAUUUGGCUUCAUAUAUCAAACUGACAAAGUUAUUUGUGAUAUUUUUAUUACUCAAAGCUUUAAAUUUAAUAAUUCAUUGUAUUUUCAUAUAAAACGAAAGAGGGAUGAUCAUUUUGUACACGAAAAUACAAUUUGGUUUAAAAUAGUUGCGUUUGUUUGAGUAAGAGGGACGGCAUCGAUUGCUACAGAAAUAUAACAAAGUGUCACGUGCCAUGAUAUACUGCCAAGAUUACUAAAGUAAGGUGCCUGUGUGUUCAAUGUAAGACAUAAUGUACGGAUAAACAAUAAUGUUGUAACAAUAAAACUAUUAUUUAUGAGCAAUACCUGUAUCGGCUGCAUGAGCAAUGCACGCGUGAGCGGAGAGAUGGCCAAUGGGGGCGAAACAGCUGUCAGCGUUAGUCUGAUACCUACCAAUCACUGCACAGACAAGACCAUCUAUUUCGGGUCAAAACAGACUAUCUUCCUAUCAUGAGACUUUGGAACUUCGAAACACCAAAUAACCCGAAAUCAUCUAAUACCUUACGUAUACGUAUUGUAUAUGUAACAAGCCUAUUGCUCCUUGAAAAUUAAUAGUAUAGUUACAUCAGAUUUCGAAAAAGCUCUUGACUUUAAAUCAGCGACUUACGCAAUGUCUCAAACUGAUGAGAUUAAAAAAACUGUUUCAUUGAUGUAAAUAAUUAUUAUUUUUGCUGAUUGCAGAAAAUACCAAUUUUAAUAUGGUUCUAAAUAUGACAUAAUGCUGAUAUCUGUUUCAAACUCUGUGAGUACGUCCAUUAGUAAACGCUUUUAGUGUAUAAUAUAAUACUCUAAUACUACACAAUACCGUAGAAUCUUCUCUAGGUAAAUGUAAAUUAUUCGAUUAGUAAUUUAUGUAAAUAGUUUUUUAACGUGUAUUUAAAUAGGCAUGUACAGAUUACGAAUAAGACGAAUUUACAAUUAAUAUUAUCAAAAGAAGGCUGUUGUAUUGUUUAUUUCACGUGCCUAAACGUCUUCGAAGUUUUGUGAAGUAUUAAAGUAAGAUAUGUACAUUGUGUUCAGUUUGUAAAGUUUUUUAGUAGGUAAUACACCUAUGAAACUGAACAGUCUCUCCGAUGCAUGCAUUUGUUACGAUAAAUUAAUGUUCAAAGCCUCAGAGAGCUUUUCUCUCUAAGUGCUUUUAAUUAAAUGUACACUAUCUAGCCGAUAAAUGGUUUAAUUCACUUUCUGUGUUUCGUGUAUAUUUUGGGCACUUCAGAACAAUUUAUUUCUGCAUCCAGUCAAUCCAGUGUACGUAGAUUUAUUAAUGUACUCACUUGAACCAAAGUAUUUUAAUGUGUUAGUUUUGUUAUCACUCAUACAAUCGAUGUUUAAUUCUUUUUGAUUUAGUAUUAAUUAAAUUAAUGUUUAUCAUUAAUUUGAACAUUGAGUAUUAUUAUUCGGACCAUUAUUAAAUUAUUUGUAUAAAUUCCAAAAGCAGUCAUGAUAGUUGUAUUACGUUUUGUAAUUUGUGAUAUUGUCAUCACUCGACUUGUAAAGUUUUGCAACAUUGUAAUAUUAAGGUCGACAUUUGUGUGUUAAAUUGUCCUUUUCUAUAUAGCACGUUCCUAAUGUUAAAUGGAAAUUUUACGUUAUAAUUCUAUGUUUAAUACUCUAAAAUAGGAAAAGAUUUUAGCUUCCAAAUAAAUAUCAUUGUUGACAA